AUGGUAGCAGCGAGAAGUGGGAUUGGUAAUGUGAGGAUUAUUGCCUUCAAGAGGAUACCAUACCACCAGUUUUGGAGAGAGAGGAUUCUGUUGAAGAGGCAGAGUGAUUUUCCAGAUUUUCAGGAUACAUCUGCAUCCAGUUAUGAGGGCUUGGAUCAGUCAUCUGAAGGUUGGCUAGCCGAUUGUUGUAAUGAUGCUGAGAUGCACUUUCGCCCUGAUGAUAUGAAUCAGUCUGGGGCAUCGAAUGUUCAAAUUUAUAUCACAGGUAAAAAAUCAUACAUGCAGACCCCCACCAAUUUGACUUCUUAUGUUGUCUAUCUGUUUGCCUUUGUUAAACCAUGCAAUGUCUUUGGAUAUGUUACUCUAAAGGUCAUAAACCAGCACAUACUCACUCCACCAUCUAAGUCGAAGCAAAAUAAUGAAGAUCCUUCUGUUUAUCCCACUUCAGCCUUUUAUGGGAAGCCUGUUGUUGGUAAAACUAAAAUUCGUACUAAAGAGGAAAAGGAUGCAUCACCAUUAUGA